ACAAGUCAAAUAUUUGUUAUGAUUAUAUUUAUUAUAACAAUAUAAUAUAUGUUUGUAUAUAUGUAUAUAAUGAAUAUAUAAUGACCCGUAAAAUAUAUAUAAUAAUAUAAUUUCUUCAAAAAUAGUCCAAAUAAAUAAAUAUGUUCUUUUCUUUGGUUUUCUCACCCCAAAUGAAAAAAGGCCUGGAAUGAUUUUGCUUUCCUGAGCAAAAGCCACGUUGUUGUUGUUUGUUUACAGAGGGGGGAAAAUAAAACAGAAAAGGCCAUUAUGGGUGUGUUUGUGCCACUAAUUUCCACCCCUUUUUUUUCCUUCUUAAUUUUUAAAAUUAAUUACGAGCAGCCUCAUCGUGGUAAGUCUCUUGGCCGCUCUGUAAUAUAGACAGAAAUCCUAGAAAGAAACCACAAAUAUUUGGCAUUAAAACCACAAAGGAAAAACCUGUUUUGAAAGUCAAUCAAAGACCCAAAAAUAUGCAAAACAUUUGGGAAAACAAAAGGGAAAGAAACUAACGCCACCUCCUUUAAAACAUGCUUAUUAUUAUUAAUGAUAAUAUUAAUGAAUUAUAUUUUAUAUUUAUAAAUUCAUUAUAUAUAUUUAUAUUUCUUAUUUCUUAAUCCAUUUCAUUACUAUAUGAUUUUUAAAAUUAUUAUUCCAUUUUAUUACUAUAUUAUUAUUGUACUAUUAUUACCUUCAAUAACUUUGUGAUUAUACAUUUUAAAACUAUUCGAUUCAAAAUUCUAGUAUGUUUAUAUUUUCUUAUAUUUUUAUUACAUUUUGUCGUUAUUUCUUCUGAUUCUUAUAUUUUAUUAUUCUUAUAUUAUUACUGAGUGUGUGUGUGUGUGUGUAUAUAUAUAUAUAUAUAUAUUAUAUAUAUAAUACGUUUUAUAAUGGCAUUAUUUCCAAGUCUUUUUUAGGCUUCCAAAAGCCAUUGGAAAGAGGAAGAGGAAGAAGUUCGUGCAAAAGGCUCAACGCCAGAGUUAAUUAAUCAUUCGUUGAGUUAAUUAUAUGUUUGAUUUUUCUAAGGAAGCCCCUCCCCUUUUUAUUAUAAUGAUAAAGUUCAAGCAGAAGGACAAAUUCCUCUGAAAGGAAGAAGGAAGAAGACAAGAAGGAGGAAGAAGAGAAAAAAAUCAGGGGGAAAUCGUAUUUAAUAUUCAACGUCUGGAAAAAAAAGGAGAAACCUUUCUGGAGAAAUGAAGGUCAAACGCUGGACGGUCGGCCUCUUAACGGCUCUCCUUCUGCUCCUCUUCCUUUCCCUCGGCCUCUACUUCGGACUGCGAUCCAGAACGGACGGAGCACAGACCAAAGAAAAACACGUCUACAAGAACGGUGCUGUUGCUACGGAUGCUGGCCCAUGCUCCGUGAUUGGCCGGGACAUUCUCCAAAAAGGAGGGUCCGCCGUCGAUGCUGCCAUUGCGGCCCUGCUUUGUACGGGGCUCAUGAAUCCCCAUAGUAUGGGCAUCGGCGGAGGGGUCAUCUUCACCAUCUUCACCGCCGACGGGAAAGCGGAAGUCAUCAACGCCCGAGAAGUGGCCCCCAAAAAUGCCUCUCGGGAUAUGUUUGGAAAUGACACACAAUUGUCCCGGAAAGGAGGGCUCUCGGUCGCCGUUCCGGGCGAAAUCCGUGGUUACGCAGUGGCACAUCAACGUCAUGGCAGACUCCCUUGGAAGGAGUUGUUUCUUCCCAGUAUCCAACUGGCCAAGGAAGGCUUUCCCAUUGGGAAGGGACUGGGAGCCGCUCUGGCCUCCCGCAAAACUGCCAUCGAAAGCAACCCAUCGCUCUGUGAGGAUUUCUGCCGCGGAGGGGAGGUCCUUGGCGAGAAGGAGACCCUCCGCUUGCCCAAACUGGCCCGGACGUACGAGACGCUGGCCCGCGAGGGGCCCGAGGCCUUCUACACGGGCAGUUUGGCCCAACAGGUGGUUUCCGACGUCCAGGAGGCGGGAGGGAUCCUCUCCCUGGAGGACCUGCGGGACUACCAGGCGGUUGUGGAGGAGAACCCGCUGAAGGUGCCUCUUGGGCAGCUGGCCAUGCUCAGCCCGGGAGCCCCCCUCAGCGGCGCCGUCCUGGCCCUCAUCCUCAACAUCCUGAAAGGAGACCACUUCACCCCGGAGUCGGUGGCCACGCUGGAGGGCAAGGGCCGGACCUGCCACCGGGCCCUGGAGGCCUUCCGCUUUGCCUUUGCCAAGAGGACCCUCCUGGGAGACCCCCGCUUUGUCAACGUCACCCCGGUGAUGCAGAACUUGACCUCAGAGGCGUUUGCGGAGAGCCUGCGCCUCAAGAUCACCAACGUCACGCACAACAUCAGCUACUACGAGCCGGAAUACUACACGCCGGAAAAUGCCGGGACCUCCCACGUCUCCGUCGCGGCCGCUGAUGGCAGCGCCGUCUCCGCCACCAGCACCAUCAACCAAUAUUUUGGCUCGGACGUGCGUUCCAACGUGAGCGGGAUCAUCUUCAACAACGAGAUGGACGACUUCAGCUCCCCGCACCUGGUCAACAGCUUUGGGGUCUCCCCCUCCGUGGCCAACUUCAUCUCCCCAGGGAAGCAGCCCUUUUCCUCCAUGUGCCCGACCAUCUUGGUGGACCAGGAGAACCACGUCAAGGUGGUGGUGGGUGCCUCCGGAGGGACCCAGAUCACCACCGCCACGGCACUGGUGAUCCUGAACAUGCUGUGGUUGGGACUGGACGUGAAGGGCGCCGUGGAGGAGCCCCGCUUCCACAACCAGCUCCUCCCGCCCCUCACCGUCUUGGAGGAGGCCGUGCCCAAGGGCCUGGAAGACGAGCUCCGGAAAAGGAAGCACGACAUCACCCGAACACAACGCGGCGCCGUGGUGCAGGCCAUUGUGCGGACGCAGGACGGCUGGGCCGCGGCCUCGGAUUCCCGGAAAGGCGGGCACCCAGCCGGAUAUUGAGGCUUCCCCGCCUCUUGUCGGAAAGGACCCUGGCACCCGCCAGGGAACAGCGUGCUUUUGGCAAACGGGAGCCACCCUCCGGUAUCCCAAAUUUCCCCAAAAGAGGAGCCAUUCACCCCCAACUCGCUGGCACAGAAUCAAGGCCCGGCUCUUUAGGACUUCCAGACUCACAAGGGCCAACAAUGGCCCUCUCCCCCAAGACCCAAACCGGGCCCUCGUUUUGCAUCUCAUGGAUGCCCCAUUUUGACGAGUCGUAUGGGAAAUUGAUUUUGGACCCAUCCAUAAGGAACAUAUUCAACGGCAAAUGCGGGCAAUUUUUUCAUCCCUGUUUUGCAUCUGAUUUGCAUAUAAACAAUACAGGCAUCUCAUUUGCAUAUAAUCAA